AUGCGUCCAAUCCUUCUUACUGUGGCCUUCCUUGCCGCCACCGUUGCGGCCAAGCCAUACGGAUACGAGGAAGAGGAGCCAGAAGUCAUGCCCUCGGUCAAGCCCACCCCCACUCCCCCAAGACCUGGUGGAAAGGGAGGCGAAGAGAACCCUAGUCCAUCCUGCAAGCCUACCACGAUAACCAGGAACCUGCCACCCAGGACUGAAUACAGGACCAAGGUCGUCACCAGGACCGCCUACAAGAACAUCCCCGCAAAACCCAAGACUGAAUACAGGACCAAGACUGAAUACAGGACCAAGACUGAUGUCAAGAAGGACGUCAAGACCGAAACCAAGACUGAGACUAAGACCGAGACAAAGACCGUCACCGUCACGGAAAAGCCCACCGGAAAGCCAACAGAACCCGCUGAAACCCCUGAACCCACUGGAAACCCAGCGAAGCCUACCGACCCUGGCAAGCCCAUCGGAAAGCCAGCGGAAGAAGAAGAAGAUGAUGACCCGUACGCCUACGGUUAUGGCAACGCCGAUGAGGGGGAUGAUGAGGAUGUACCCGGCAAGAGCCCAACUCCAGUGGCCCCUACUACCACCAAGGCCGCCAGCACCGGCACCGUCGGUCAAUCCGCCACCAACACCAAACCUGCCACCACCACCAAGCCAGCUGCUGAUGAGGAUGAGGGUGAAGAUGAAGAAGAGCCAGCCGUUAAAUCCACAACCAAUUCGCCUUCCGCCGCAAAGCCAUCCUCCACCGCUGCUAAGCCAUCCUCCGCCGCUGCUAAGCCAUCCGCCACUCCCGCUGCCACCGCUGAUAAGAAGACCGACACCCGUUCCGACAAGACCAAGUGCAUUGAUUUCCAUAACGACUGCCGUAAGAAGCACGAUGCCAACCCAUUGAAGUGGAACCAAGAGCUUGCCGACUUCGCUCAGGAACACUCCAAGCUCUGCAACUUCGAGCACUCCGACAAGCCAUGGGGUGAGAACAUCGCCGAGGGUUACGCUGAUGUCACCGACGCCAUGCAAGCCUGGUACGACGAAAUUGACAUCUACACCAAGGGUAUCAAGGACUUCAGCCUUCCAACCGCCCACUUCACCCAGAUGAUCUGGAAGAAGACCACCGACUUCGGUUGUUACAACCACAAGUGCCCCAAGGGUUAUUACCUCGUCUGCGAGUAUACUCCAGCUGGUAACAUCAAGGGAGCUGCUCAGUUCAAGGAGAACGUUCAGCACAUCCCUAAGUAA